AUGAAGGCCGUGCCGUCUUGCCGGCCUCUUGCCGCCCUGUGGCCCAUGCUUCUGUGCUUCGGCAGGACGCAGGAAGUGGAGCCUGCGAGCAAGCUGCCGAUCACCGACGAGCUCUACGACAAGUGCCGCAGCGCCGGAAAGGAGGCUGGUGAGACCGCGAAAGCUACGGCCGUCGAGGCAACAGUGACGCUGCAAAGGGCAUUACUCGGCUGUCACCGGUCCUUCGCAUGGUGUGGAUCUGAAGAAAGGAUUGCUGGUGCUCCUGCUCCCACAGGAACGGCCUCUGUGCUUAUUGCGGAUUGGCAACGCCUGCUUCAAGAGGAUUGGCAGUUGUUGAGUGUGAGCACACAAACGUCCGCAGACACAAUUGACUGCAUCAAUGCUGGCAAGACAUCAGGUGAGCUCGAUAGCACCGAAUGGGUUAAACUGAAUUUACGCCGGCGGAUGAAUGACUAUGUAUACCUGGCCGCAAUCGGAGGCGUGGAAAGGACUUACCAUGAUUUCCGUGUGUCCUACUGUGGGCAAUGCUUCUGA